UAGUCGGCGUAAAAUAACUGUGUAUUAUUGAUGAUAAUCGCUUAUUUUCUCCAAAUUUGACCCUCAUUAUAACUAAACUUUAAGUUAAUACAAUUGCUUAGUAGUGUAUAAUUUUGGUAAAAAAAACCAAACACUCUGUUUCUGUAAGUGGAUGAUUUAUUUGUAAUUUAACAAUGUUGAGACGACCAACACCAGGUGAAGAUGAAGAAGAUAUUUUAAAAAUGCAAGAAGAGUUCCUUCGCAAGAAGAGGCAGAAUCGGAACCUGCAGCCGGCCGCACAAGUCGUUAACUUAAGAACUGAACCAAUCAAAAGACCAAAUACAAAUGAACAAGAAAUGCGUAAGCCGUCAAAGUACGCACAAAGUAAAGGUCUUAAGAAUCAUUCCGAGAAACGUUCCAAAAAUAACGACACAGUUGGAAACUCCGUCAUAACUGAUGUUUAUGAAAAAAAUACAGAAAAACCAGUCGAAAAGAAACUUGACGGCGAAGAUGACAAGGUUUACUAUCCAACAAUACUUCCAUUCGUAUUAGGGGAUAUUGUUGAAAAGAAUUUAGAUACUGUAGUUGAGUUUGAUUAUAAGCCAAUGCCACCAGAAGGAUUUCCAGUUGUAAGAAAACAAAAUAAAGACUCUAAGACCACUAAGUAUAUAUAUCAGAAAAAUAUAAAAAAAAUUAAAAAAAAUAUAGUUGAUAAAAUGGAUGUAGAUGAACCAUCAUGCUCAAAUAAUAAACAAAACACCAUAAACCUGCCAGAUAGAAGUUACAUAUUGACUUCAGAAAACUCUGAUGACAUCCACAAUGAAAAUAUAAAAAUUCUAAGUAAGAUGUCUGAAAAGGAAAUAUUAGAAGAGCAGCAAAAACUAUUCUCUAAUUUAGAUCCUAAAGUGAUUGACUUUAUUAAAUCACGGAGAAUGCAAAAUGAGAACUCAACUCGACAAACACUAAAGUUGAAUGAAAGAGAUGAUAUAAAUAAGCUAGCUACUAUGAACCAAAAUGUAGAAAUGGACACGAGCACUCAGGAAAUUGAAAAUGAUACAUUAUGGGAGAAUGAUGUUCUUUCUCACCCUGAAGUACAAAAUUGGCUGCAUUUCGACUCGCUUGAGAAAGACAAGCUUCAAUGGAUGGAAGGACUUGAUGAAAGUAAAAACAUUAAGCCCGAUGAGCCUUAUGAAGCGAGGUUUGAUUUCAAAGGAUAUUUACUACCUUAUACAAUGGAAUACACUGAUAUGACUAAAACUUUAUAUCACCACGGUGAAGAGCCGCACCGUCCUGGGUAUACUAUCACCGAGUUAAUUGAGUUGACACGGUCAACUAUUACACAGCAGAGAGUUAUGGCCUUAAAUACAAUUGCUGGCAUCCUCCAGUAUCAUAGUGCUGGAACUUACAAAGACAUUAUAGAAAUACCAUUGAGUAAGUUAUUUUUCAUCAUAAGAAUUGCAAUGGAUGAAAAUAAAGUUAUAAUUCUUGAACCUGCUUUGAAAGCAAUGAGAAAUUUAGUGUACAACAAGUUAGAUGAAGCAUCGCUCGAUGCAUUGAUAGGAUUUGAAGAAGGAAACCUGCAGCCUUGCUUUGAAAAUGAUAAAUCAGAAAUAGAGGAACUAGAAUCAAAAGAAGCAGAGUUAAAAGACUUUCAUUUAGCAGAGAUUGAUAUAAUUGCAGCCCUAUUAAGAACAGAUAUACUGCAAAGGAUAUACUAUAUAUUAGAGUCAAUAAAACCAAGCUUCAACUGUGUACAGUAUUGCUUACAGAUAUUAACAAGACUAGGUAGAGAUUCUGUCGAGACUGCCAAAAGAAUCUGUGAAAUGGAGCACCUCAUGAACUCUAUAAUAACAAAUUUUGUUCCGGUGACAGGUGUCAAUUUUGUCUUCAAACCACAAGUUGCAUAUAAUGGUAAACCAGUUUUAGCAGCUAUAAAGCUACUAAGAGUUCUAAGUCUACAAACUGAAGAAAUUUGCAAUAUUUUACUAAUGAAAUACAAUAUUUUAGCACCAAUUUCUGUGUAUCUGAGUUCAGCAGUUGACAGAAGUUAUGGCUUAAGAAUACAGACUGAGUCAUAUUGUAUACUAUCAAAUUUACUUUAUUUUGGACUAAGCUAUGAUAGUGCCAUUUCAUUGUGUCCAGUCAUACUGACAGCUUUAUACAAACACGUUCAGGGUACAGACAUCAAUGUGGAAGCUUCUGUGUUGGCAGCAACACAUGCAGCCGUGGUCUUGCAGCUGAUAAAUAACAUACUGAAACAUAAUUUAAAUGAUUUUCUUACUUUCAAGACUGAAGUUUAUAAGUUGUUGAAGGAAGGGCUAUUGAAAUGGUUUGGUCAGUUAUCGCAAAUGGAACAUUAUACAUGUGCGCAUCUGAGAAUUUUAUGCUCGGCUUUAGAUUGCUGUUAUACUGUUAUUGAAAUUGAACAAUUGCCUGUGAAGUUCGUGAGUGAUGCCCUGAAACAACUGUCUUAUUCUAAAGGAUUUCAAAAUGUGAUUAACAACCUUAGUUCCUGCUCUAAUUUGCUCUCAAAAAUUGAAAAUAAAGAUUUGUAUUCAGUUAAGAACUUAAUAAGUCUAAAAUGCACUGUCAUAGAUUCUGCUCAAAAAGUUUUACCAAUACUGAAAGUUGCAUCUCCCAUACCUCUGCUGAUGUCACUUUUCAAAUUACUGACAAUAGUGAAUCAAAAAGAAAUCUCUAGAAUAUUCUUAGACCAUGUUUGGAACUAUUUGCAAAGAUUAUCUAAAUGUGUUCCUAGUCUUUCAGAUAAUUGGUUCACUAGAAUGGAAACUAAUUUUGUUUUUUACGUUAUGAAAUUAUCUGUUAUGUGUAAUGUUGAUGAAAGCAAAAAGGAUGUAAUGUAUGCUGUAGCUAACAAAUUGUGUUACACAUUGAGGGUAGAUAAAAAAUAUGAACUAGAUUUCUUAUUUGAAAGUAUCGUUUUUAACAAGGAUUGGUUCACGGCCGAAAGGUUAUUAAAUCUUGUCAAUUUGACUGAUGCAGACGGAUUCUCAAAAGCUUUAACUGCCAUAGGAGACAUACGACAAUGUUACCGUAGAGUUAUUAACUUGAAUUACAAAGAUACAGGUGCUAAUGUUGUGUUAAGAAAAUGGAUGGAGCCAAUUUUACCAAGAGACUGGAUUUAUUUGCCAAUUUUGAUGUUAUACAGUAAAAAUCAGGAGGCGGAGUCGAUUCCCCAUGUUUCCGGAGAUCAUGCCCAGAAAAUGUCAGCGCAAAUAGCGACCGAAAAGGAAUUUAUAAUAACAUGUAGCUUAGAAUGGAUAUUGUUUAACGAACUCUGUUUUUCUGAUUUAGUCAAUGAUAUUGAUGUAACAGAUAGAUUUUGUCGAAUCAUGUGCGUGUUUUUAUGUGACAACUCGUUAUUCUUGCAACCAAAAAUUAGAAUGUUACUGCAGAAAUGCACCAAUGUCCUUUUCAAAAAGAAAUCAGCCUUCAAUUUCGAUAAACAAUUAACGGGCUUGAACAACUUUCAAGAUUUCUACACACAGUUUCUAGAACAAUUCCAAGCGGUCAGCUAUGGAGAUGACGUGUUUUCUGCAUGUGUAUUGGUGCCUUUAGCUCAAAAGCAUAAUGUUAAAUGGAGGAAAUUGAUAUGGUCGGAAUAUGCUGGAUGUCUCCGGGCGUUAGAUUGCCCGGAACAACUACUUUGUUAUGAAGUAAAUGAGUAUCUUUAUCCAGAAGAGACGGACGAAUCUUUGAUUAAAUCUUAUCAUCGCGCGCUAUCCUGUAAUUUACUACGACCGGAUACAAUAAUGCAUAAAAUUGCGAGUCAUCACGUGCACAUAUUCAAGAAUCGAUCUCAGAUACAAAACACUUGAAAUUACUAAAAUAUAAUGUAAAGUUUUUCUUGUUGACAUUUUUGUCAAUAAGAUAUUUUGACGGUAUUCAUUUUAAACUUCAGGAAGCAUUUUCUCCAAUUAACCUGAUUUGUGUAGACAAAAUUUAUUUUUGUUCCUGUAGAUCAACUCACGAUGAGCUCACGUGCUACAUUAUUCAAUGUGAACUCUCAACUAUAGUAUACGAAAGCCUUUAUGACUUCUCUAACUACCCAUGGCGAACGUGGUUUUUUGUAAUAAGUAAUA